AGAGUUAUAAUUUACAACAUGUCAAUGAUUAAUGUGGCGAUGACAGCUCAUUCUCACGCUUCCAUAAAAUUGAUUCGAGAUAGCAUAACGCGUGCCUUAUGAUCGCAAAAUUACAUUCAAGAGGCGAGACCGCUUAUGGGUUGUAAAAAUUUGUGGAGCAAGUCUGCGUCCCGUGUGUACGUGUGUGUGCGUGUAAAUGCGUGCGCGUUCGCCUCGUUCGCCUCGCAUCGUGCUUUACGAGAGUAGGGAGAGAUCUGUUAUUGAUCCUGCGCUUCCUCACGCGCCGGUGCUCUCCCUCCACGCGAUGCGAUGGUAACGCAUCGAAUAGCAGCUACCAGCUUUCCGCGGCGAGAGCUCGCGACAUAGUGAGAGUCUCUCUCUCGUUGGCAGCCCUUGUCACGUAAUAUAUAGCGAUCGCGAGCGGCUAAGAGGGAGAGAAAAUCGCCGGGAAGCAGCGUGGCUGCGCGGCGAGCAGUGCCGAAGCUGACAGCUCCGAUGUAGCCGAACAUAACCGAGGUCGCGAACGUCGACCGAACGCGUCUCUGUCUCUCUCUCGCUCCCUCUUUCUCUCUCUCUUUACACGCGCGUUCUCUCUUCACUCGGCGCUCGUUCGGAGCCAGUACUUCAGUGUAUGCACAUCGGCCGGCCGGCGUGCAUAGUCCCUGUUAACAGUGUCGUGUUGUGUCGGAGCAAAACGCUCUUGGCGUUUAGAAUAUCACUUUUCUAUCGUGCUAUUUUUAUCGACGUGCAUACGAAGCUGCCCGUGUGUGUGUGCCAAAUUUAACGACGUCGUGCUCGUGCCUUGAGCAGCGCCGGGCCCCAGGGCCCGGUCGCUCUCAUUUCCGCCCAGAUCGACCCCGGGAAGCACGCAGCGAUGGAGCUCGCAGGCUCGUCUCGGAGAGGAACCGACCGCGAUGUCCGUGCAAGCGUUAAUCAUCGACGAGUCGCUUUACUAAUAGUCAUCGCGAGUCAUUGCACGACGAGAGGCACCGCUACCUCUAUCGACGGAGGUAUAUCUUCGAAAAAGGGAGGCACGAGAUAGAAUGUUAGAAAGGGAGAAAGGAGGGAGAGAGAAAGAGAGAAAGAGAAAGCGAGAAGGAGAGAGGAGAGAGAGAGAGAAAGAUAUACAAAACGUCAUCGUAUCAAAGGGUCAAGUCGUGUCGAAAUGGCAUUGCAAGGCAGCAGAUUAAAAGUCCUAGGUGAUAUACAAUAUUGAUGUAGUGUCAUUGAGAGUGCGAAUUAUCGAAAUAAAAAGGCGCGAUAAUAAGCAUUCGCGAGCUCGACGAAAGUUAGGAACAUGAAAAUGCACAUCGAAGAUAACGAUGUAACGAUGUGAGAGGAAGACGAAAAGAGAAGAAAAAGUGGAUUCCAAGACGAAGACGGAGACGAAGAUUUAAAUAGGAAAAGUGUGCAUAGAGACGGAUACGCGAAGCUGGCGACCCACGCACGUGACAGCGGCUCUCGUGGGUCUCGGACCCGCUGCAGGGCCAAUGGUGGGUCACUUUCCAGUCGCGAUACCGCUACGGGGAUGCAGUGCGGCUUAUGUGCUGUCGUCGCCGGCCUGUUUCGCCGGGCCAUGUGCAUCGCAGGUAGCCGUCGCGGUUCCGGGGAGUCCUGUUAUCAGGAGCUGGCCAUGGACGUGCAAGAGAGACGACACUCGCAGACGGAGCACGUGGAGACCGAACUCAUGAAAGCGAGCGAGAUCGCGGAGAGAGUGAAAAAUGUCAUUCAGAUGGAAGAGGGACGGACUGCUGAAAUAGCGAUAGACAACGAGCAGCAAAAUGUGAUGUUCGUGCGUAUCUUUGAUAGCAGCUUAUGCAGUGAUUCUGGCACAUCGGUCACAUUAUCAAAAAUCCGUGAUGGAUCUACAAGGGAAGCUAUAUUCAGGCAUUUAUCUGAUUCGGACCGAAUUCUGCUGGAAAACUUGAACCUCAAUCAAUGCAGACCUAGGCAAACUGGUCGAUUUUUGACAGUACACAAGAGACGGCGUAAGAAGCUUACCACUAGAUCCUUAAGUCAAGAACCUGGCAUGCUAGACGAUAUUUUCCACGGACUAGUACAGUGCGUCUUACAAAGGGCUGGAAAUUGGCGAUUUAACGCUUUCACAUUAGAAACAGUAACAGGUGGUCGUUCGUUGCCAGUAUUAUGUGUCCAUCUCUUUCAUUGGUAUGGGCUUUUACAAUAUUUCAGCUUAGAUGUUGUAACAGUGUGGAAAUUAUUCGCUUUUAUCGAGGAGGGUUAUCACAGUACAAAUCCUUACCACAACAGUAUACAUGCCACAGAUGUCACUCAAGCAAUGCAUUGUUUUCUCCAAGAAGAAAAGAUUAAACCUCAUCUAACCAGUUUAGAAAUUAUGGCUUCCUUGAUAGCGGCUGUAACACAUGACUUAGAUCAUCCUGGUGUCAAUCAGCCAUUUUUGGUUGCAACGAGUAAUCAUUUAGCUGCACUCUAUCAGAAUACUUCUGUUCUCGAAAAUCAUCACUGGAGAUCAGCUAUAGGAUGUCUCUUAGACAGCGGAGUUUCGGCAGAAUUACCGGCCGACGUGAGACCGGAACUUCAACGGCAUAUCAGUUCAUUGAUUUUAGCAACAGAUAUUACGAGACAACAGGAGUUUCUUACACGUUUUAGGGAUUAUUUAAGCAAUAAUUCACUCGAGAUGAAACGCGCGGAAGAUCGUCAUUUUAUUUUGCAAAUUGCUCUAAAGUGCGCCGAUAUUUCCAACCCUUGUAGACCGUGGGAUAUAUCAAGAAAAUGGUCUUACAAAGUUUGCGAGGAAUUCUUCAGACAGGGCGAUUACGAGCGUCGUCUAAAUCUCCCGGUAACACCAUUGUGCGAUCGACACACCACUAGUAUUCCAAAGAUUCAGGCUGGUUUCUUUAAGCACGUCGUCACUCCUCUUUAUAUGGAAUGGCACCGUUUUCUUGGCGAUGGCCUAAGUGUAUCAUUAAUGGAAUACUUGAAGACGAAUCAAAAAAAAUGGGAGGCAUUAAUCAAUCAAGAGACAGUGGACCGUGAACAAACAGAAAUCGAAAUUUCUGAACUGGAUGAACCUGAAGGCGCUAUAAGUUCAGACGAUGAAACAGCUGCCAAUGAUGAUUCAGGCAGUAUCGAUUUAUUAAUACCAGCCGCUUACGCACAAACAACGCGAAUGCCAACGCUGCCAGGACGAAUUGGACUCGAUCGCGUUGGUAGACGUCAUUCUGUACCUCUAAGUAUAUCGAAACCAUUGAGUAUACCUUUACGUCAGACCUCUAGGAGAGAGAGUCUACCGACUGAACAAAUCAAAGUAAAGAGUUCCUUCCAGAAAUUAGAAAAUCAAAGUCUGUUGGAGCCAAGCUCGUUCUCUUUGUUAUCCUCCAAAAGCAGCAUAGCUGGAUCAUCGAAUGUUAGCGCUAGUGAAAGACCAGUUAGUGCGGAGGAUCUCUUACCAGAGACGAGUAUAGCCAGUAUUACCAGCAGUACCGAGGCAUCAAAAUUAAAUACAGUUUUGCAAUCGGAUGAACAACCCAAUGCACAAAUUAAGCAACUCACACGGCAACAGACCUUCCCUCCGUUGCAACCAUAUACAAGAACAAGAUAUAUGUCUGCAACCGCGGAGAUGUCACAAUGUUACACUCAAAUUUUAAUAGAAGCCGACAGUUCUUCCAGUUGUUCAACUCCUACGAAGAGUAAAUCGUGUUCAAGCGGCCAAUGUUGUUCACCACCAUCUUUGCAUGAUCCUGAUACAUGCUACCAAAAGAAAUCCGAUACCUUGAAAGUCUCCCAAAAAUUACUAACGGUAGAUACCAAAAGAAGAGGCUCUACUUUGUCGAAUACGAUUAAACAAAAGCAUGCUCUCAGCUCAGAGCGCCGUCAUUCUAUGCAAACUAUACGCACCGAUGAUUCUUUUUCUAAACAUCGACGCAAAAGAUCUUCUUCUGCUCAAGAUUCUGAUUCCACGCAGGUGUUCUAUGCUACGUUAACGGGCUCACACGGUGAUAAGAACAAUGUUUCUGAUAUGUCUAUUGUGAAACCUAAACUGAAUUCGGAUUGCAAUGUCAAACUUAAUCGUCAUAGUGCAAAAUUAAUGGUUCAAGAACUACGGACUACAUUAUCAUCUAAAAAAUUAGAUCAAUGUACUUCAUCGGCUAAAAGUGCAUUUGAUCAAGAGCCACGAAGAUAUUCAACCCCUAUCACAGAGUAUAGAACAAUGAUCGACCAUGCAGGUAGACGAUACACCACAAUACCAGUGUCUUCUGAGUUUAGCACUCAUAAAGUGUUCUUUAUCGGUAGUCCUCCCGAUUCACCGCCUCGUAAUCAUAGUGUGUCUUCAUCGAGUGAUAGUAGUAGUGAGCCAAAGAAAAAUAUUGAUGAUUCAAAUAACGAAGCUGUUAUUAUUGGCAGUAAAAGGGAAUUGGAUUGCACGAAAGAAAAGAAUUCGAAGAUCGUGAAAUUGAAUUCUGAUGCGCAGAUGAAGGAAAAUGUUGAUCCUCGUACAAAUGACGAUUUCAUCAAAACACUAGCGUUGUCCCGUAGAGGAAGUCAGGGAUGGGCAAGAAGGCGCGGAUCAGCUCCGGUCGGUCUUCUAUCGAAAUUCGAGGAUUCUACUCCAACUUCUGUACCUACCAAAAUUGAUCAUAAUUGUAGACGUGGAUCUGUCCCGUCAGACAUGACUAGACAUCAAGUCGGAGGUUGUAAUCGGCUCGCUUUAGGACCUCGAGAAAACAAUUUUUUGGCCCUAAGAAGAGCUAGUCUUCCGCAAGAGAUCGCAUUGGGAAAUCUUUUUGGAAAUGUCUUGACUUUAACUAGCGAUCGUGAAAGCUUUUCAAUCAACAACAAUAAUAAUAACAACAAUAAUACUAAUAACAGCAACAACAAUGGCAUUAGUAAAUUAUUUGACAGCAGCGUUUCUGGAAUGUUUUCCCCGAGACGAGGGUCAGUACCAGCAGACAUAUCCGAGUUACGCCACGAUAUGUUCAGUAGAAAUAGCGUAAAUAACAAAUCACGAAGCCGCAAGAAGAUUUUGAAAAGACGAAGUAGUGGGGGUCCAGAAAUGUUCACCGGGGAAUCCACUGACGGAAACGAUAAUGGCACAUGGCUCAAGUGGAAGAGAGAAACAGGAAAGCGCGAUCCUGUCCCCGAAACGCUUGUCAAACGAAGAGGAUCUCUACCCAUAGAAAUGGUGGCUGUUUCACAUGCUGGUCGGUACAACCAUAGAUAAAGGAGGAUAUCGUAAUAUGAACGGGAUCAACAUCGGCACCACAUAGAUCUAGCCUGUGGCGGCUUUAGCAUUCUGUAGAAACAUGAGGACCGUCCAUGAUACUAGUAAACAUUGACAACAAUUUUUCCUUGAGUUAUCAGGGAUAAUAUCAGUGACGAUUGAUGACUGAAUUUCAAGAUUAUCGAUAUUGAAGAUUUUUUCAUCGAUUGUGAACAUAAACGAAUAAAUAUUGUAAUUAUA